GGAAGGCAACGCUCAUGGAGGGAGCGGAUAUUGUGGACGAGUCUGGAGGAAGCGUGCUGGUGCCCUGUGUGGCUCCAAAGGACUUCACGCUCCAGAACUUCACGCUCUCCUGGACCUUCAGUCCCAGCAGUGACCCCAGUGUUGACCCCAGCGCUCUCCUGACCUACGACAGUCGCACGCGGCAGACCAGCAUGCCCUCAGAGGGCGUGGAGCUGGACCAGGAGCAGGUGCUGCUGGGAAACGGAUCCCUCCGCCUACUGAGUCCAGAGAGCGCAGAGAACACGGGUCACUACACCUGCACCUUCUCCGCCCUCCAGACCAGACACCUGGUCCAGACCUGGGUCAACAUCACCGCACCACACACCGUGCCCAUCACUGGCCACAAGGAGGGAGAGCUGUGGGUGGUUGCUGUGGUGGUGGGCGUGCUGGCCCUCCUGGUAAUCGCCAUACUGCUCUGCAAGAGACGAGCACGUCGCUCCAAGCAGAGGGACGCAGUGAUCGAGGACACAGAGAGUCAGCCCAUGCACACAGGUCAGAGGUCAGGGGUCAUCGGUCAGCCCAUGCACACAGUGAAACCCGUGGGAGCGUCCACAGUGGAGGGAAGCCAUCUCACAGAAAACCUGAAGGACACCUGCACCUAAUGCUGGCCGAAGUCGAGAGGAGUCUAGAACUUACCAAAGGCCCCACUGAUGUUCACGCAUGAGCAAUCACACUCAAAGCGCCAUGACGAGUCCAAGCUUAAAAAGUUAUCUUCAAACAAACUGCAAACUGGGAAUUAUGGGAAAUGUGGGAGUGUUUCAAAGGUUCUUUUAAAAUUAGAUCUCAAAGGAACCAUCCGACAGCAGGGUGUACCGGGGCACAAAUGAAACAUUGUGUUUUGGCGGAGAAGGUGUUGCAAUGAUCAGCUUCCACUAGAAUCAAUGGAACAGGCUACACCACACUGGGUAGGAGCACUGCAAACAAUCGCAAAAGCUAGACUUAGUCUUAUAAGAACUAUAUUACGCUCCGGUAACGGAACCCUUUAGUUGCCCUCCUGGUGGAACCUGGCUGUGAAUUUCUUCAACAACCCAGGAAAAGUUGGGACGUUGUGUAACAUGCAAAUAAAAGUCUCGUAAACCCAUAUUUAGCAACAAAAAGGACAUAUUUUCAUGUCAGCAACAUGUUUCAAAAAAAGUUGACAGGGAAUGUUUCCCACUGUGCAGCUUCACCAAUUCAUUUAACAAAAUGUUCUGAAUGUUUAGGAACUGAGAAGUUGUUAGAGUUUUGAGAAUUAAAUGUUGUCCCAUUACUGCCCAAUGUAGGGUUUCAGUUGCUCAACAGUAUGAGGUAUUCUUAAUCAUGUUUUUCAUUUCAUGAUGCACCUAAUGUGACAGGUCUGGACUGCAGACAGGUCAUUUUAGCAUUUUGGACUCUAUUAGCAUUUUCCUCUAUGGAGAAAUACUGUUUAAAUAUGUGCAGAAUUCAAAACCUGUAUACAUCAUUUAGAAUUGAUUGUGCUUUGCUAAAUGUGCAAGAUGCCCAUGCUGUAGGCACUAAUGCUCCUCCACACCGUCAUAGAUGUUGGGUUUCCAACUGAGCACUAAAAUAAGUUGGAUAGGUUGGAUACUUGGACAGGCCCUUUCCUCUUUAGCCCAGUCCAAAAAGAAUGGCAAAUUUUGAUUGGUCUAACCACCUUUUUCCACAUUACCUCAGUCCAUUUUAAACAAGCUCAGGCCCAGAUAAGACGGUGGUAUUUUCUGUAUCAUGCCUCAAUACAAUUUUGCCUGUUGCAUGGUUUAAAGUUUUUGAAUUGAGUACCAAACUGUGCACGUAGACAAUGGUUAUCAGAGGUUUUCCUGAGUCCAUACAGUGAUUUCCUUUACAGAAACAGGUCUGGUUUUGAUGCAGUGCCAUCUGAGGUCCAAAAGACCACAGCCAUCUAAUAUUGUUUUUCUGAGAAAUAAAAGCUAGAUAUUGUCUACAAAUAAUGAACAGUCCAGCUGUGGUAUAGGUUAUGAAAUAAAUAAAGUUACUUUUGUGUA